CCUAACGUCCCCCAUGCCAUCUCGGUUUCCCUUCCCACCUUCCGAGACAACGUCGACUACGAAGAGGCUGCGCCUAGAGUCGUCAACGCCAUGGUCUCGGGCUACCCCCGCUUCUUUGUCGCCCUCAAGGUCAAAGAGCUUGUCGAGAUUUGCGAGAAAAAGUACGGCAAAGCUACGGAAGCCUCGUUCCUGUGGCCAUCUCGUCGGGUUGCUGAAAGAUGUCGCCACUUUGUCGAACGCUACUACGUGCCGACGAUGUCGACGGACGAUUCGACUCCGACACCCCGCCCGCUCCCAACCGACGCUUCUGGUGCUGUGGGUGCGGGUGCGGUCCGGAUCGUCGAGUUCGCGAUCUACGCUCCGGCUUCGGAGGUCAAGCCCGGUGGGAUCAAGCAGGUCAAAGUGUUUGCGACCUUCUUCCCCAAGGAGGCCUAUCCGGUCGCGAAGCAGUUCUGGCAGCAUACCGGGGAUAUCGUCACCUCGCGCCAGGCAGCGUUCUGUCUGAGAUGGUUGGCUCUCAAGGCAGAAGAGGAUCAGCAGGAGGCCACCGCAGUUGCGGCCAAGGGUAACGCAAUCCGUAUGCCCCGCGGCAACAGACAUUAUACGGCCGCGAAGCAGCAGCAGCAAAUUACAGCAGAUCUUCCCGCGGCGGUUGCGGCGAUUCAGUUGCAGGAUGAGGAAGAUCGACCGGUAGAAGAGGAGGCGGAUGGAAUGGACAGUCGCGAUUAUGAGGUCUAUGUCGAGGAACGUUAUGGACGUAACUUGGAUCUAUCGUUCGCGCCCAAGGCCAAGGUGGCGUUGCGCCGUCGUAUUGCGAGCCAGGUUGCCCAUCAUGCUGGAUCCGGAUGGACGGGCACAGGAGAGUACGUGACUGAGGAGGACGUGUACCUGUAUCCGACGGGAAUGUCCGCGAUCUACAAUGCGCACCGGAUCGCGAUGACCCUCUUCCCUGAACGCAAGGCGAUCUGCUUUGGAUUUCCGUAUACGGAUUCGCUCAAGGUGCUGCAGAAGUUUGGUCCUGGGUGCUACUUUUACGGGAAUGGAGAGGAUCACGAUAUUGAGGUGUUGGAGAAGGAGAUUCUGGAGAAGACUUUGGGCGAGAAUGUGCCGGAGGAGGAUAAGAUUCUGGCAGUCUUUUGCGAAUUCCCUUCGAACCCGUUGUUGAAGUCUUCGAAUUUGGUGCGUCUGGGGCAGUUGGCGGAUAAGUAUGGGUUCAUGAUCAUCGUGGACGAGACCCUCGGGAACUUUGUGAAUGUCAGGAUUUUGGAGUUUGCGGAUAUCGUGGUCUCGUCCUUGUCCAAGAUCUUCAGCGGUGACAGUAAUGUCAUGGGUGGAAGCUUGGUGCUAAACCCUCAGCGAAAGUACUACAAGGGAUUGAAGGAGGCCAUGGGUCGCGAGUACGAGGAUCUGAUGUGGGUUGAGGAUGCCAUCUUCAUGGAGCGUAAUUCUCGUACGUUCCAGACCCGUAUCGCGCGUAUCGACGACAACACCGAGGCCCUCUGCGACUACCUGCGAGCCCACCCCAAAGUCAAGGAGGUGUACUACCCCAAGUACGUGACGACUGCGAACUACUUGACGCACAAGGUCGAGGGUGCUGGAUAUGGCGGUCUGUUCUCGGUGACGUUCCAUGCCAAGAACGGAGGCCCAGAAUUCUUUGACGCCUUACCCUUCUACAAGGGCCCCUCACUCGGCACGAACUUCACGCUUGCUUGUCCAUACACGAUUUUGGCGCAUUACUAUGAGCUGGACUGGGCUGCUCAGUUUGGAAUCGAUCGUAACCUGAUCCGGGUUGCUGUUGGACUGGAAGACCGGGAGGUGUUGUUGCAAGGGUUUAAGGAAGCCUUGGAUGCU